AUACUGGGAAGUUGCUAACGUAAAAAAAGUUAUUUUUCAAACGGGCAAAAAACAGCUAAUGAUGUCUAUCCGACCGUUCGUUUUACAACUUAUCCUAGCUGUCACGUGUAAUGGCUACAUUGUAAAAGACGGAAAUUGCUCGAUGGUUUCUGAAAAAUUGCCUGUGGUGAAAAACUUCGAGCUGGAAAAGUAUCUCGGAAAAUGGUAUGAAAUCGAACGGUACGAGCAAGACUAUCAGCGCAAUAUGGAAUGUGUUACGGUAGAGUACAGCCAGGGUGAAGGAAACCAAUCUUUCGAAUUUAAAAACAAGGGAUUACUACCGGAAAAGAAUGCGUACGCCUCAUUCAGUGGCUCAGGUAUUCUUUCGGAUCCUACGGCCGAACCACUCGUGGGCAAAUUAAAUAUAAGUUAUGGAAUCAAACAUGCUGGAGAUUCCAAUUAUUGGAUAAUGGACACAGAUUACACGAGCUUCGCACUCAUCUACUCCUGCGUGCCAAUAGUUGAUACAGCGUCGGUGAUUGAAGGCUAUUGGCUUUUGUCAAGGAUGCCCGAACUGCCAGAGGAGUUGCAAAUCCUAGAAAAGGUGAAAUUUAUUCAAAACACCUAUUUCAUAGCUGACCAUGUUAGAACGACCAACCAAAGCCAAUCGUUGUGUCGAAUGGAACCCAAAGAACCAGUCACUUCAGACAUACUGAUUUUCCCCCUGUUGCCUGAUGUCAAGAUUGAGCCACGAAAGUGAAAUGGUGCCAAAAACAGGAUAUGUUUGAUUCUAAAAAUAUUUAGAUCUAUAGGAACAUAUUUUUUUAAUUCAAUGAAACAUUACUUCAUAACAUAAAAUGGAAUAGAUGUAGUAUCAAAAAAAAAACAAAAAACGUUACCAAAAAGAGAUCGUGUUGAGACAAUUCAAUCGAUAAAUCGCAUCAACUUACUGUUCAAAAGGUACAUUAGGUGUCGAGGAAAUAUUAUGCAAUCAACUGGUUUUCAUUUUGAAAAUAAUUUUUUUCUAAACUUUACACUUUUCGAACAUUCCGGGGGUGAGAUUAUGCCAAGCUUUAAUGACCGGUUCAGAGCGCGGAAUUGACAUUCACAACAAAAUUAUACCAAUGUACAUUUCUUCUUCUAUAUUAGAGAUAACAUUUCCAGCCAUAGGGUAGAUGUUCUAAUUAUGAUAGUAUAUGGACC